AUGUUUGGCCUCCAAUUCACUGAUCGAAAAGUACUUGUCACUGAAAGACACAUUGCCUCGCGAGAAAGCAAAUCUGUCUCAAUCCUUCAAGAUGACCCAGACUAUACACUUAUUGAACUGAACACAAACCAAACGCUGGUGGAAUUCUCCAAAGACUCUGCCGCCGAUCCUACUAAUUGGACACUAAGAAAAAAGAUAUACAAUGCAGUCGUAGGACUGGUGGUUGUACUCAACAGCGGAAUCUCAGCCUCCUUACCCAGCAAUGCGAUCCCCACGAUCAUGCAGGAAUUUGGACAGUCAGGAAAUGGCCAGAAAGUCCUGCCAACUGCGAUCUUUCUGAUCGGAUAUUGUGUGGGCCCUCUCGUCUGGAGUCCUUUAAGUGAAACUGUUGGACGCAGAUUGAUCCUAGUCUGGACAUUCAGCAUCUUUGUCCUCGGCACCCUGGGCUGUGCCCUGGCUCCAAACUGGAUUGCCCUGUUGAUCUUUCGUCUCAUCUGUGGAACUAUGGCUGCGGCUCCCCAGACAGUGUCCGGGGGUGUCUAUGCAGACAUGUUUUCGAAUAUCAAAAGCCGUGGACGGGCAAUGGCGCUGUAUAUGUCGGCAUCUAGCUUUGGACCCAUCAUCGGACCGAUUAUUUCGGGGUGUACGGUUCGCUAUGGUUGGAGAUGGACAUUCCGCAUCGAUCUGAUCAUUUGCGGUGUGACGUGGACUGCCCUUUUGUUUCUCUCAGAAACAUUCUCACCUGUUCUCCUGAAGAAGCAGGCAAGAAGACUAUGCAAAGAGUCCAACUCGAAGCGGUACUUCAGCCCGCAAGAACUGGACUCCACGGUGGGCUUCACUUUCACUCAAACACUGACCCGACCUCUGUCGAUGCUAUUCUUUGAGCCCAUCAUUCUCUUCUCGGCAAUCUAUGUCUCUUUGGCGUGGAGUAUGGUGUUUUUCUACUUUCAAGCGUAUCCGAUCAUCUUUAAGGGAACCUAUGGCUUUGACGUUGCAAUGACUUCUCUCACAUAUCUGCCCAUGGGCAUCGGAGCCGCAUCCUCCUGCCUCUUCACCCUCUACUACGACACAAUCUUCCAAAAGGCGCAGAAGAUGCGCAAGCGCUGGGCGUCAGGACCUGAAAUCCAACGACUCCCGCUCUCCUGCGCCGCAGGGCCCCUCCUCGCCAUCAGCAUGUUCUGGCUCGCCUGGUCAGCCAAACAAAACAUUCCCUGGAUCGCCCCGGUCCUGUCCGGGCUCAUCUUCGGACUCAGCUACCAGACAAUCUUCAUCUCGCUGCUGACCUAUGUCACUGAUGCUUAUAAGAUCUACUCCGCCAGUGCGCUAGCCUCAUCCGUCAUUCUGCGCAGUAUUGCGGGUGCUCUCUUCCCCCUUGCUGCCGAUCCGCUGUAUGCCAAACUGGGGGUUGCCUGGGCGACCUCGUUAUUGGGGUUUGUGAGUAUUGCCUGCAUACCGAUUCCAUUUGCACUGCUCUAUUACGGUCCCUCGAUCCGCAGGAAGAGCCCGUUCUGUCAGCGGUUGCUGGAAGAGGAUGAGAAGAAGCGGCUCAGUGGUACACAAUCGCCGGAAGAGCUCGAGGUCGAAAGAGUGGCGGUGUAA